AUGAAAUAUAGUUUGGAUGUAGAACCGAUUCAGGCGACCGAUCAUCCACUCGAGAUGGCCUACCCACCGCAGCCGUUCCUCCUUCGGGCUGCCGAUCUCAACUACCGCUCGGCGGCAGCAGCAGCAGCCGCAGCAGCAGCCGCCGCCAACCAGCCAGCACAGUCAGCCUACCUGUCGGCGCUCUUCGGGCCCAUGGCCGCAUCCGCCGCCGCGGCGGGCUUCUUCGGCAAGAUGGGCCCGCCCAGCCUCGGCUCGCCCUCCGGCGCCGGCGGACCACAGGUGCCCUCGCCGCUUGGCUCCUCCAACGGGUCGCCCUUCUUCACGCCCGAAGAGAUGAUUGCCACACAGCAGAUGGCCGCAGCAGCGGCCGCCGCCGGUCUGACCGGGCCAGCGGCUCCGGGCGCCGGUGCUGGCGCCGCCGCUGCCGGCGUCCGCCCGCCCUUUGAGCCGGAAGACGACGGCAUCGAGGAUGAUCCCAAGGUGACGCUCGAGUCGAAGGACCUAUGGGAGCGAUUCCAUUCACUGGGCACCGAAAUGGUCAUCACCAAAUCUGGUCGAAG